GUACCACCGGCGGAAGUCCACCGCGUGACCUAGAUCUAUCGGCUACCACGGCGUCCCCUCACUACCGCCCACCACCAAACACCGCCGUCUCCUCUCUCGCGCGCCGCCGCCGUCGCCGUUCCCGUUCCUCCUCAUCGCUGUCCUGCUGCCUCCACCCCGUCCGCAAUCUUUCCCCGUUGGAUUUUGAGGCCUGUAAAUGGCAGGGAGGCACCGCCUAGCUCGCCAGUACUACGAGGAACCACGAGCAUUUCGUGAUGGCCCACCUCCUCGAAUUGCACGAGAAAGGUCCAUUUCUCCGCGUCGCUUCGAGGGAGAACUGUCUAGUCGUCGUGUUGAGAUACGCAGAAUCCGUGAGGACAACCAACAUCUGGUGGAUGAAAUCGUUGGUCUCAGGCAAGCAAUGCCUCGUUUGAAACAAGAUCUCCAUGCCUCGAGUCAGGCUAUACCUAAGCUCCGUGCAGAGAAAGAACUUGAAUCGAGGGAGUUGACUCAGAGGAAUCUGAAGCUCGAAGCUGAGCUACGCUCCUUAGAACCUCUUAGGCAAGAUGCCUUGCAGCUACGAUCUGAAGUAGGUACACUACAGUCUUUGAGGCAAGAGUUGACUUCAAAGGUGCAGGGUCUAACAAAGGAGCUUGAGCAUCAGAACUCUGAAAGCCAGCGCAUACCUGCCAUGAUAGCUGAACGUGAUGGCCUGCGGCAGGAACUGGUCCAUGCUAGGGCGGCCCUUGAGUACGAGAAAAAAGCAAAGCCAGAGCUGAUGGCACAGGUGCAAGCAGUGGAGAAAGAUCUCGUAACUAUGGCUCAGGAGUCUGAGAAGCUAAGGGCUGAGAUUGAGAAGAGAAGGGCAACUAGUUUCAGCAGUCAUGGAGCUUAUGGACCACCUAUGGGGACGCCUGGGAUGGGCUUGCAAGGCAUCUACGACUGUGGCUAUACCUACACAGAGAACCGCUAUGGCGCUGGACCAUGGGACCCCCCUGGUUAUCCGCACCCUUGAUUUGAGCUUCUAAUCCUUGUUACCCUUGAGGCAGCAUUCAUCGUCAUCACUCGGCAGCACUUAUUGCAACAAAGUUUGUAUCUAUGCAGUAAAACUUGUGGUAUGCUGUUGCUGGUGUUUUCGUUGUGCAUUUGGGUGUUGUUAGCUUUGCUGGCAUAUGUGACUCCAUUAUACUGGCUAUGGUUAUAUUGAUCUUUCUUCAGAA